UGCCCAAUCGUUCUGUCCGUCAGUCAGUCAGGAGAAUACAUCCAUAGUAAGUAGUUAGUUGAGUAUAAGUCACUUCACCAUCCACAAUUCUUUGUAUUUAACAUCUCCCAUAUCAAUCAUAUACUAUAGUAUACCAGUCAUUGUAUACCAUCGUAUUCGCAUCGUACCGUAUCACAUAUCAUACCAUAAUAUAACAUAGAAAUAUCAAAUAGCAUUAUGGCCGACAACACCGACGAUUAUUCAUAUGAUUAUGAAUACUUAUACAAGAUCGUCCUUAUUGGAGAUUCUGGAGUUGGUAAAUCUAACUUAUUAUCAAGAUUCACUAGAGAUCAAUUUAAUUUAGAAUUAAGAUCAACAAUUGGAGUUGAAUUUGCCACACGAACAUUGGAAAUUGAUGGGAAAAGAAUUAAGGCUCAAAUUUGGGAUACCGCUGGUCAAGAAAGAUAUAGAGCCAUUACUUCUGCUUAUUAUCGUGGAGCCGUUGGUGCAUUAAUUGUUUAUGAUAUUGCCAAAACUGAAAGUUAUGAAAGUGUAUCAAGAUGGUUAAAAGAAUUAAAAGAAUAUGCUGAUGCCAAUAUUGUCAUUGAAUUAGUAGGGAAUAAAUCUGAUUUAGAUCAUUUAAGAGCCGUACCAACUGAUGAAGCCAGAAAUUUUGCUAAUGAAAAUAACUUGUUGUUUACUGAAGCCAGUGCUUUAAAUUCUGAUAAUGUAGAUUUAUCAUUUUUACAAUUAUUAAAAAAUAUUUAUGAAAUGGUUAGUAAGCAUCAAUUAGAUGCUAAUAAUGAUUCUAAUAAACCAUCAGCUGGUGGUCCAACCAUUAGUUUGACUCCUGCUCCAAAGGAAAAGUCUCAUAAGAAUAAUUCAAACUGUUGUUAGAUUAGUCUUUAGUCUUUAUUGACAUACCAUCAUACCUAGCUACUUAUCCAUCUAUCUAGUUACAUGUAUAUGUAUAUUAU